AUGAACAAGGGAAGGACAGGGGCGCCUGCCGGCCUCUACGAUCCUUCGAAGCUGACAGCAGCAGCUCGCUCGAGGAUCGUCAGCACGAGGGAGAGGGCAACGAGCCUCAAGAGCAGCCUCUCCUUCUCCUCCUUCCCUAAGGACGAUCUCCUCCCUCACAAGAAGAAGCAGGAGGAGGACCCGGCUGUGGGAGAGAAGUACACCUUCUGCAAGACGCAGGUGUUCCCUGAUGAGAGAUGGCGGGAGAGUCCGGGGCACCAUGCUCCCCCGGAGAACGAGCUCGAGCUCGAGUGGGUGUACGGGUACCACGGGCACGACGGCUACGCAUGGCUCCACAACGACCACAGCCCGGAGACGCGCAUGGCGCCGUCGAGGAACAACCUCUUCUUCGUGGCGAACGAGGGAGGAGUGGUGGACGGGAUGAAGAUAGCAUACUUCACGUCCUCCAUAGGUGUGGUGAUGGACAUCGAAGAGAGGAAGCAGAAAUUCUUCAUCUUUCAUGACGGGGAGAUCUGCUCCAUGGCAGUAAAUGCGCAGAGGACACUGGUUGCUACGGGACAGGUUUCGUCCCAUGGUUCCAUGAACCCUUCCGUCGCCGUGUGGUCUCCCAUGAAAGUCUUCUCCUCCUCCUCCUCCUCCUCCUGCGUGCCGGAAGCUGUCAUGUCCGGCUUCUGUGAAUUCCGCAUCGUUGCUCUCUCCUUCAGCGCGGACGGGCAAUACAUAAUGUGCAUCGGGGACGACGAGCUCCACAGGUUCGCCUGCUACCGAUGGCAAGACGACCCUCCUUCCGUCCUCUUCAAGGGGCAGGUGGGCAAGGCGACCAUCCUCCACAUGGCGCCUACGGUGUGCGGCUUCGCGGCAUGCGGCAACAAGGAGAUCAAGGUUUGGGAGCACCCGAUGCUGAACAGUCAGUUCUCCAAGGAUGUGGAGGGAGUCAGGUGGCUGGUCGGAGUGCGGCCGAUGGAGGAGAGCAUGGUGGAGUGCAUAGCGGUUGUCCCUGACCCUGACUCAGCGUGCGGCUCCUCCCUGGUCUGCGGGUGGCCGGACGGUCAUUUGUGUUUCUUUCAACAGAAGGAGGAGGCAGGGGACUGGAACCUUGAGUUCGUAGGAAACAGGUCGGCCAAGAUCGCUGCGGGGAGAGGGUCGAGGUACUGGAUGGGGCAUGCGGGGAGAGCAGUCAAGUGCGUGAGCUACUUGCAUCCUGAUGCUCUCGCAGAGUCCAUGGGGUGCCACAAGGGGCUGCUGGUGUCCUCGGACGUGGAGGGGCACAUCUGUGGGUGGAAGGUUGACCCGAGCAAGCCGAUCGAUCGGGGGAGUAGGAAGAAGAUGCUGCGAGACUUUGCAUGGGAGAAGAUGUUCGAGGCGAACCUUGCGGACGUCGUGGACCAGCUGGUAGCUAGGGGGUGGAAGGCGAACGCUGCCAAGUCUGCGGUAGACGUCUGCCCUGUCCCUCUCAACCCCAACGUCCUGCUCCCCCUGUACGCCAGCCGACUGGAUUACGACGGUCAUGGCAGUUUGCUCGUGGGGCUCUCGAACAACAAGAUCGUGAGGCUGCCGAUGCAGCCGUUGGUGGCGAGUGGGAAGUUGAGGCCGCAAGUCUUGGUGGACGGGCAUACUGGGUACCUCAGGGCCGUUGCCUCGCUGCCAACUGCUUCCUUGUACUUCAACUUGGGUGUGAGGAUGUUCGGAGAGGAGCACGUGCAUGUUGUUGGUGAUGGAAGCAGCGGGCAGGAGAUCGCAGAGGUUGUUAUGAAGGUUUUCCCCUUCAUGGAAUCGAGAGAAGUGGCGAGGGAUAGCGUGAUGGAGGGAAACGUUGUUGUCAUGAGACCCGACCCACAUGGGGAGUUGAAGAUCUUUGAUCCGCUUGUCAACGACUUCAGAGAAAUGGAGAAUGAAGAAAAGAGUGCGAUCUUCCGUCAGGAUAGUCAGGAGGUGGAGCCUUUCGAGUAUAUGAUUGCGGAUAGAUCCUUCCAGACUCCAGAGGUCAGGAUCGAAAAGAUGGAGGAAAGAAACCUGCCUUCCCGCUCCAGUGUUGUCAUCAAGGAGAUGAACACGUUCGAUCUCGACGACGCGAGGCUGCCCAACGCGAGGUAUGCGAAGCAGACGGGGCUGGUCCAGGUUCAAGUUCGCUCCAUCCAGCAUGAUCGGGACCCGAUCUGGUCGUCCACUCGCAAGCUGCAGAGACUGACAGGAAAGAACAAGUCAGAGAAAUCUGUCGUUGGUUGUUGUGUGCAGUCAGGUGAUGUGCUGGUGUAUCGCGGAGCUCUCAACACAAGGAUGCAAACUAAGUUGAAGCAAGUCAUCUCCACCAUCACGCACACCAGCACUCGCCACAUCGUCCUCCACGACGUCCAGCCCUUCCUGGUCGAGGACGAGGAGGGUGUGCAUGUGACUUACAACAUGCUCCUGAGGUUGCGGGUGCCGUCCAACGAGCACGAUUGUGUUGUUGAGAGGAUACGGAGGAGUAUGAGGGAGAGGCCCAACUACUGGAAGAUGGUCAGAGAGGCGUUCGCGAUCAAGAAUCGCGCGUUGACUAAAUCUCCUCACAUCACACAACAUGUCGCUCAAUGUGACUUUGACAAGCUCAUGAAGGAGGAGGGGAUCCCAGCAGAGGCUCAGCUUCUAGGGCGGAGUUUCUGGAGGAGAAGGGAGGAGCAAACUUCCGUCCUCUUCUCCUGCGGGGAGGACGGGACCCUCUGCAAGUGGGACCCCUACCAGCACGUCCUCCUUGACUCGAUCUACCUCCCUGGGUUUACAGGGAAGGACCAGCGGCAGUGGAGGAGGCGAGCGACCUGUAUGGCUGUAUCGCCGCCGCGCUUCGGGGCAGAUCGUUGGGUGGCCGUAGGGCACAGGAUGGGAACGAUCUCGAUCCUGGACGCUCAAGACUUGUCGUCGUUGAUGGUGGAGAUUCAGGACAGGAGCAGCGACGUGCGUGAUAUCAAGUUCUCCUCAACGGGCUGCAUGAUGGCCGUGGGCAGCAGCGAGGGCCUCAUCGAUCUCUACAGCAUCCAGGACGCGGCAGGGGAGGAUGCGGUAGUGGUGGCAUGGCUAGCCGUCUGCAGAGGGCACACGGCCAGCGUCACUCAUCUAGACUUCUCGGUCGACUCUCGUUUCCUCCGCAGCAACGACGCAGGAGGGGAGAUCCUAUACUGGCAUCUGGUGGACGAGAACUCCCCAGGUCAGACCCUUCACUUCCUCCAGCAGCAGCGGGAUGGGAUUGUGCGGCUACUUUCCAAGAACCUCUCCCAUCCUGCUGGCAAGUUGAGAGUCAGGCCUGCGGGGAUCGGACGCUACUCGGGGGCUGUAAACUCUCGUCUCCUCCAGCACGGGCAUGCUGCUGCAGGAACCAUGGUGAAGGAGACAAGCCGCCUGUCCUCGCUCGACUGGUCCUCCUCCUCCUGCAAGCUCUGCUGGCAUCUCCGAUCCAUCUGGCGUCCUCGCAGCAAGCUGCACCACAUCGAGCAAGUCAGCGUCUCCUACCUCGAGGACGUGGUCGCCUGCGCCUACGCCCCUGACUUCAUCCGCAUCGGCAACUUCCCGGAUCCCUUCCUGGGCAAGGAACAGGCAGUCACUCGCUUCAAGGCCUUCGCGUGGCGCUGCUUGGGGAGCUCGACCGUCAACAUCGAGGAGGAGGCGACCAAGUCGUUCUCUGUGCGAGCAGACAGCAAGGGAGUCUUCUCCUCCUCCCUCCUCGAUCGCUUCACCGUCAAGCUCUUCCGCUUCCCCUGCGUCGGCGUCCCGUCCUCCCCCUUCCUCCGCUCCUGCUACCUCGCCGGCUCCUCCGGUGUCCCUGGCUCAGGUCCCAGCACGAUGCCGGCCUGGUACGAGGCAUACCCUCGCUCCUUCUCCGGGCAUGCAGGAGCGGUGACGGCAGCCGAGUGGGCAGGAGAGGACCUGUGGCUGCUGACGGCAGGAGGAGCGGAUUGCUCCCUCCUGCAAUGGCGGCAUCGUCGUCCGCUGUGGAAGAGGUGGUGGCUGAGGAGGAGCAGGAGGCAGCAGCAGACGCUGCGGCAGCUCUUCGGGAAGACGGUGCCACGGGUGACGACGGAGCUGCAGGGGAAGGAGGAAGGGGAGAACAUCUUUGAGCAGCUCGUGUCUCGGGCGUGCAAGGACGUUGGGUAUCUGACGGGAGAGGAGGAGGUGGCGAAGGAAAAAAUUCUCGACGCCAUGCCGAAGUUGAUGCUGCUGUGGUCUCAGUUCCCUGAGCAGGCAGUGGAACUUGCAUUCUCCUCCUCCUCCUCCUCCUCCAUCACCACCUGCUGCAUGCAAGAAUUCACUUGCGCUGUGGCGGAGGAGCAUGUGGGCCAUGUCGCAGCGACGUUCUUCGAUGCGGGAAGAAAUUUUUGCGGGAGAUGA